GAAAAUAAAGAGAAUUUUGACACUCUUUUUGUAAAUCAUGGAGGACACCCAUUGUAGAAACGGGACCACCAGGAUGUUUCCAAAUUCCUAUCCACCCCUUUUUUUCCCAGUGUCAUCCUUCCCAUAUGAAGUAGUCACCAAAUAGCGUAGAAGUGAGAAGCUUGGGGCCAUUGUAUCUCCAAAAUUAUAAUAAUGGAAAGGAUAAGAUAUAAUUCGGCUAUUAUUAUUACUAGUAUAACAAUGCUACUUGCGUCUCUUCAUAUACUCUCUGCAUUCCCUACUGCUUUCUCAGAGGGGAUUUCGGGUUCCACGGGGAGAAACCUCCUUCAGAUCCCCAAAGAAUGCCCUAUCAGCUUUGAGUUCAAGAACUACACAAUCAUCACCAGCCAAUGCAGAGGCCCACACUACCCACCAAAGCAAUGCUGCGACGCGUUCGUGCGGUUCGCGUGCCCCUUUGCCCCCUACUUGAACAAUUUCACCGAGUGCUCGAAAUCAAUGUUCGACUACCUCAACCUCCGGGCCCGUUACCCCACCGGUCUCUUCUCCAGCCUGUGCAAGGGAGACCGGGAAGGCCUCCCUUGCGUUGCAGCGGCGCCACCCGUGUCGCAGCCCGACGCGGGUUCCCAUUCAAGUGGCAUUGUUUUGACGAAACGCAAGACGUCUCGAUUGGCUAUGGUUUCAAAGACUUUGUUUGUGUUGGUGUUUCCCAUGGUGUUCAUCUUGGCUUGAAAGUACUUUUAGGUCAUCAAUCAAGCAUGGGAAACCAAAGUAUUCCCAACCCAAUUCUUCUACGUCUUGUUGUGAGACACUCUACCGG